CCAAGUCACCAUGAAGUGGGAUGUAUGAGGCUGUUUGAAGAGCCAGCAGUUGCAUGAAUACAUUUCCUCUCUGAUGAAGACAUACAGCUGCAGAUGCAAAGGCAAACAGUCGGCCCCGUCUGAACUGCUGCUGACACCCACACCGGCUCCUCCUCCGGCUCCUCCUCCUUCUCUGCUUCAUCCUACUCCUCCACCUCCUCACCUUGUCCUCCCUUCUCCUACAUGUUGCUCAGUGCUCUGUGCAGGAUGAGGCGUCCAGCCAUGUGGGAAUUUCUCCUAACAGUGGCUCACGGUUGAAAUCUGCGUGCUGGUGAGGAAGAGCAGUGUGCAUCGGAACAGCUCUAUCAGAGGCAGCAAACAGAAGCCUGGUAGGAAGCAAAAAGUGUUUCUCUCCGUGCAGCCUUGAGGAUUGAAGAAGCUUUACUCAUCUUUCCUUGCCAGUGGAGUUACUCAAACUUUGCAGAAAGAGCGAGGAAUUGCAAAUUUUGCCGCUUUCAAUGAUUCUUCUGAAUUUGUCAAGCUCACAAGAUUAUCUUCAGAGCAAAAGAUCAUGAGUCCUUCUCUUGAUUAGCAGUUCUGAGGACCAGGAGCCAUUUCCAGUAAUUCACUCUUCUAUGAAAAAGGUCUGAACAGGUCCAACAAGGCACCUCAACUGCUCUGUCACAUGGACAUUGACACUGAACAGCUGUUGCAUUCACCAUCUCAGAAAGAGAUCCGACUGUUCAGGAGCUAUACGGCACUACACGACGAUGCUGGAAAAACUUGUUCGCAUCAAAGCACCUCGUACUUAGCAACUGGUGAGGAUGAGAGACGGUGUGAUGACCUACCUGUAUUUGACAAGUGUGUUUUUCACCUCGUUGGAGAGAGGAGCACAGAGGGAAAAAAGUCAGCGAGAGGGAGCAGGGGAGGGGAAGAGUGAGCCAGUGAGGGAAGGUGUGAAGGAAACGCUGUGAGAGGGAAGACGGUCGGAGCUGAGAAAGACACAGGGAGGAGAAACUGACAAAACUCAGCCAUACUGAAGCAGGAAUAAAGGAAAAAACGGCAUAUCAAAGACCUGCCAAACACCCCUUUAAUGCUGGAGGAUUGUGUUUUGUCUGAGCCAAACAGGGAAACCUAAUGGAGCAACAAGAGACCAUCCAUCUUUGACCUGUGAGCAGUAACACCGAUAACACAGCACCAUGAGUGUCGAUCCUCCGAACGGCACUUUUCCCAACGCGUCACUCGCCCUGGCAGCGCCCCACAGCCUUUUGGAGGCUAUAACCAUCGCCACGGUGUCCGCCAUUGUCAGCCUGAUCACUAUUGUUGGUAACGUUCUGGUGUUGCUGUCCUUCAAAGUCAACAGCCAGCUGAAGACUGUGAACAACUACUACCUACUGAGUUUGGCUUUUGCUGAUCUCAUUAUAGGAGUGUUGUCCAUGAACUUAUACACUACCUACAUCCUGAUGGGUUACUGGUCCUUGGGAAAUCUUGCAUGCGAUCUCUGGCUUGCGGUGGAUUAUGUAGCCAGCAAUGCUUCAGUUAUGAACUUGCUUGUCAUCAGCUUCGACAGGUACUUCUCCAUCACAAGGCCGCUGACUUACAGGGCUAAAAGGACCCCAAAGAGAGCGGCCAUCAUGAUUGGCCUCGCAUGGCUGGUGUCUUUUGUCCUCUGGGCGCCACCCAUCCUGUGCUGGCAGUACUUCGUAGGAGAACGAAAAGUGGAUCCUGGCGAGUGCCAGAUUCAGUUUUUAACAGAGCCUGUGAUCACAUUUGGGACAGCCAUUGCUGCUUUCUACAUCCCUGUCUCCGUCAUGACCAUCCUGUACUGUCGGAUCUACAAGGAGACGCAGAAAAGGACCAAAGAUCUGGCAGAGCUGCAAGGGCUCGCGACACAGAAUGUUCUGGAGGGGACUAAACCGCAGAAAACUAUCAUUCAUUCGUGCUUUCAUUUCACCAGAGAGAGGAGAGACCAGAGUCAGGCCUCCUGGUCCUCAUCGAACCAAAGCAAUGCCACUAAAACGACCACCAGAUCAGAUGAUGCAUGGGUGAAGGCAGAUCAGAUAACUUCCUUUAACAGCUACACCUCAUCUGAAGAGGAGGAGCAUCACGUUUCAAUAGAUACCCCGCAGGGAUCUUUCAAAGAGCAAGGUAGCGGACAAAGUAAUAAGAACGGACAGGUGGCAGAUUACACGGAAGAUCGGUACUUUGCCACUCCUCAGAAGAAGAACAGUAAAAAGCACAUUUCGUAUAAGUUCAAGCCUGGCUCGAAGGGUAAAAAUGGCAAUCCUACGAUCGCAACGCCAUGCCCGCCCGAAGCAGAACAGCCAGCCAAAAACGCCUCCCCUUCCUCCUCCUCCACCACCUCCAAGCCCAUGGACCCCGUCCUGAAGAACCAGAUCACCAAGAGGAAGAGGAACGUGCUGGUGAAGGAGAAGAAGGCAGCCCAGACUCUCAGUGCCAUCCUGCUGGCCUUCAUCCUCACGUGGACGCCCUACAACAUCAUGGUGCUCAUCUCCACUUUCUGUGUCGACUGCAUCCCCACGUCCCUGUGGCACCUGGGCUACUGGCUGUGCUACGUCAACAGCACCAUCAACCCCAUGUGCUACGCCCUCUGCAACAAGACCUUUCAGAAGACCUUCCGCAUGCUUCUGCUGUGCCAGUGGAGGAGGAGGCGGAGAGGCGAGGACAAGCUGUACUGGUGUGGACAAAACCAAAAUGUCAACAACAAAAUGACUUGAUGCGCCAGUGCAGUGCCAGAGCAGACCUGCUGCUUCUGCCCACACGUGGAUUUUCUUGAUGUAUAAUGUCGUCGAUGGUCAUCUUCAGCAUGAAGUGCUGCAUGUGAUUGUUGUGUUGAAGUACAAAAUGUUGGCGGAAAAUGAGCCGAGCUGAUGCAGCUGUUCUAGAUAGUGCUGCAACUGUUAAUUGCGAGCUAUCAAAUUAAUCACAAACUAUUUAGAUAAUCAAUUAAGUGGUCAUAAUUCUCUGAUUCCAGUUGAUUAAAUAUGAAUAUAAUCUGGUUUCUUUAGUAAACCGAUUAUCUUUUUGGUUUUGGACAAAGCAAGAAGUCAUCUUGGGUCUGAUCAACAUUUCUUUUUACCACUUUCUGACAUUUUAUAAAGAAAACAACUAAUCGAUUAACCAAGAAAAUAAUCGGCAGAUUAAACAACGGUGAAAAUAUUUGUUAGUACCAGCUCUGUCCCAAGUUAUUGCAUGAAAGAAGUCCAAGUCCAUUUUAAAGGGGGAACUCCACUAGUUGUACACAUCACAGUCAGGAUGACAGGUUCUCAGAUUACUACUGCGCACAAAAAAGUUUUAUUUUGUCCUUUGUGGCUCAUCAUCUCUGCUUGAGGCUAGUGGCUCCAGGCUACAUUAGCUGCUACUAGCAUGACACACCUGAAUCUCCAGUUGAACUCUCAGUGGUUCAAUUAUGGGUGGGGCCUACAUAGGUGCCAAAGAUGUUACAGGUGGAGUAUGGGUGGAGUACGCUUUCAAUAGAAUAUUCACAAACAGUAACAUUCUUUGAACCUUUAAUUAUUCGAGGGAGUUUCCCUGAGAGCAGCGCUCUAUUGUCAGGAACACCCUGAUCACAUUAAAGGAUAACUCCACCAAUUUUACACAUUAAAGUGUGUUCACAGGUCUUAGGGAGUACUACGAAAAAGUAGUGUAAAGCCUUUAGUGUCUGUAGAGGAAGCUGCUGGAAUCUGAUAAAUUGUCUUCAGUGAUGUCACUCGGUGGCUUAGUUGCAUUGUGGGUAAAGUAAGCGUCCUGUUUUUGAAAAGGAAGCAAAAAAAGCGCAGAAUAAGCUUCCUGCUGUAUUGAAUUUGAUUAUUUGUUUAUAACUGUCAAUGAUGAGUCUAACAGUGUUACAGUAAUCAGUGGACUGCUUUUCAAAAGUUGCCGCCAACAUUACCCACAAUGCAACUUGACAUGACAUCAUCUAUUUAACAGAUUACAUGCAGCUUCUUCUGGAGCCACAGCAGGCUUUAUACUACUUUUCCACACACAUGCUGCAGUACUCCCCAAGACCUGUAGACACUUAAAUGUGUAAAAAUUGGUGUAGGAACCUUUUCAUAGAAAAUCAUACCUGGAAACUGCUCAGUACAACACAGAUCUGUUUUGCCAGACACUGAAGCAGUUUUAAAGUAACACAUUCUAUGGGUUUGGUCCCCAAUCUCUCCCAUACUGGGGCCACAAUAUGAAAGAGUCUCUUCAGGGCUAAUGUGUACAGGAGGGAUGAAUACAGGAACUAGUAACAUGUAACACAGGCAGGUGAAACCUCUGAACCUGUCCUUUAAACCUCGUAUAAUCCACCUUUACUCUAUUGCUCACUUGCACUGUAUAUAAAGGAUAUAUCGUAGGCUUACACAUGUCAAAGUUUAGUUUAUUUAUAGUACAAAGAAAAUAUUUCACAGAUUUUACACUUCACAGAUGGUAAAUGUAAACUGCUUAGUGUGCAUCAGUGUUUAGUGAAUGUUUUCUAUCUUAGCUCUUGCAAUCGAUAUUUGAUCUUGUGUUCAAGGGCUAAUCUGUACAUUUCUGUGCUUUUACAGCUGCAUUAGUUUCACAGCUAUAACAAGAUGUAAUGAGAUUGUUUAUGGAUCACACUCCUCUCUUUCUGUCAAUAUUCAUAGAACUGUAAAAGAAAAAAAACUUGGACACAUGAUAUUUUGACGCUGACCUCCCUCUGAUGGAUGAGUGACGCUGUUGUAAAUUAUUGCACCUCGGUGUCUUUUAAGGAUGUAACGUCGAAAAAUGUUCCCCUCUCUAAACUUUGUGCCUUUUGUUCUGCUCAGAGGCAAAAGUGCUUUGUGGAUGAAUCCGUGCUCUGUGUGUGUCCGUGCAGUUCUGUGACGGUGAGUCUGUGUGUACCGAUAUGACCAGUGAAAUACAAACUCGAAGGCAGAAUGCUACGUUUUGUCAGCAUGAACAUUUCCAACGUCAAAUGUGUUGAAUCUGAAUCUGACUUGUGCUCGCAAAUCAUUGCCCGCUCCAACAGCUGAGUAAUAAAACUAAC